GUAGUCAAUGAUGAAGUAGGUGAGAACCUCAGUUUCAUAACUAAAGGAUAAAUUAUUAACUUUUGUACUACCCCAAUAUGGUGUUGACAAUUACUAGAUUUUACAAGACCUUCUACUCCAUUCAUUAGUUGACAUAGAUAGAUAAAACUGAAUGCCAAGGUGAUAAGCCAAUGAUAGUUGUAAAAAUAUGCAGCAUCCUCCGCUAUUUCCUUUUCCAGUUCCCAGCCCUGAAAACAGUAGAAGAAACUGUGUCAUAGCUUUCACCACUCCCCAAAACUACGCACCAAGAUUAUCUGAACUCAUACAUCUCAAAGGAUGGACACCCCUUUGGUGUCCUACCGCCAUUGUUGAAUCUACGGAACAAACAAUCUCUUCCAUUCAUCACUACCUCAACCCACAAGCUGGUAUCGAUGAACCCAAUUCGUUUCUUGAAGAAUUUUCAGCUCUAGCGUUCACUUCAAGAACUGGGAUUACUGCUUUUUCACAAGCUUUAUCGAUUAACCCCACACCCCCAUUAACCCCAAAUGGAGAAAUUCUCACAAUUGCAGCUUUGGGUAAUGAUGCUGAGCUUCUGGAUCGAGAUUUCAUUCGAAAAAUGUGUGAAAACCCUGAAAGAAUUCGAGUUUUGGUUCCUUCAAUUGCAACCCCAUCUGGGUUAGUGGAGGCAUUAGGAUUAGGUCAAGGAAGAAAAGUGUUAUGCCCAGUUCCAUUAGUGAUUGGGUUGAAUGAACCACCUGUUGUGCCGAAAUUCCUUGAUGAUUUAUCGAAAAGGGGGUGGAUUCCAUUGAGAUUAGACGCGUAUGAGACGCGAUGGGCAGGGGCAAAAUGUGCUGUGGAUGUGGUGGCAAAGAGUGAAGAAGAGUGUGGAUUUGAUGCUAUUGUGUUUACUAGUACUGGAGAAGUGGAAGGUUUGUUGAAGAGUUUGGAGGAAUUCGGAUUGGAUUGGUCAAUGGUGAGGAGGAGAUGUCCAAGAAUGGUGGUGGCAGCUCAUGGCCCUGUUACAGCUGCUGGUGCUGAGAGUUUGGGUGUUGGCAUUGAUGUGGUAAGUUCAAAUUUUGGUAGCUUUGAUGGUGUUGUUGAUGCAUUAGCUCAUAAAUGGAAAUCAUUGCAAAAUCAAGAAUCUUGAAAUUUGGUUUUUGCUCAUCAUUGAAAGUUUUGAUUGGAGCUAGAAUUUGCUAUUUAUAGCCAAAAUUUGUUCACAGCAUGUCUUUUAGUUUUGUACUAAUUUGGAAAAGUUUUAGUAAUUUUUGAUGUUGUGAGUUAUAAAGUUUUGAUGUUCAUGUGGAUACAACAUUUCUCAUAAAUGCAAUCAAUUGGAAAA